CAUUCUGUUUUGUUCACUAAGCUUGAAUAGAAAAGCGAUUCUGUUUCGUAAAUGCAAAUAUAACUUGAAAUCAACAAAUUUUAUUAUUAAAAAAAAUUGCAAUGCAGUUUAAAGUUGCUCUAAUUUGCUUGCUCGGUGUAGCAGCAGUUAAUGCUUUCGGAGAAUUCUAUUGUGAAAAGUUUCCUGUAAGGAAGAGAGAUCCACUCGCACCACUUCACACUGUACGCGUUUGCGGUGCUCGCGAAUAUGAAGAUAUACCUAAAACUCUGCGUUUAUUACUGGGAAUCGAAAAGCCAGCACGUCAUUUAUUGCCGCCUUUUAAAGAGCCCGACGCCGGAGGAAAAUUCUCAAAUGGUAUUGAUGAAAACGCGCCAUAUUCAAAUGAGCAUAAUGGGCAAUCUAAAAACCCAGUAACUUACGCUGAAGAGGAACAAUUUGCACCAACUGCGCCACGUCCUCAUCCUUAUGAAGUUAUUAAUCGAACAUUUCCAGCCGAGGACAAUCAAUUCGACUUUCAGUCGCUCGUCGCGCAUAACAAACCACAACAUCAACAAAAAUUGGAAUCCAUCGUCAGUGAUGUGUCAGCUGUAAAGCAAUCAGUUAGUGACCUUGAAUCCAAUCUAAGCGCUAUUGCUAAAAGUCUUCUGCAAGAUCACAAAACCGAAAAAAGUGAAAUGAAUAUAAAUAUUAUUUUGAAGCUUGACCCAAUUUUGGAGCAAAUGCUAAAAGGCCUACUUCAGUUAGACGAAAAACCUGAAAUUGAUAUUAAGUAAGGAGUUGCUCGAGCUACAGAGAAUAGAUUUGAGAUAUGCCGCUUUUUCAUAACUCUGAAAAUUAUAACAUUCUAACUUUACUUACUUUUUAUAAGUUUUACAACUUUCAUCAUAAAUAGUUAAAAAUUAAAUUAGAUUUGCUCAAGUAUAAAAAAUUAGUUUCCACCUUGUGAUGCUUGCCUUUAUAAACUCUAUAUUUCCUUACUCAA